AUGGAAAAGAGUGAAGAAGAAAAGAUCGUGAUUGUUGGAGGAGGAAUAUGUGGACUUGCCACUGCUCUUGCUCUUCACAGGAAAGGCCUAGAAAGUAUAGUAUUAGAAAAAUCAGAGAAGUUGAGAGCCACCGGAGCUUGUAUUAUAAUGCAACCAAACGGGUGGCGAGCUCUCCAUCAACUCGGCAUUGCCUCUAAACUUCGGCAAACUGCUCUUCCUAUACAAUCGGGACAUUACAUUACGGUUAAGGAUGGUAAGCACACAGGUUUGCCGGUUGGAAAUGGUGGUGAAUGUAGAUGCUUGAGACGCAGUGACUUGAUGAAGACAUUAGCUGAGGAAUUGCCACCAAAUACCGUCCGCUUGGGAUGCAAAGUGGUUUCCAUAAAAGUAGAUGCCAACACGUCUGCUUAUUCCAUUCUUCAUCUACAUGAUGGAACUAUGCUCAUGCCCAGGGUUAUAAUUGGAUGUGAUGGUGUGAACUCAGUGGUUGCAAGCAUUGUUGGACUAAACUCGUCGAGGCAUUUCUCUACAUGCGCCAUUAGAGGUGUGACUCAUUAUCAAACACUUCAUCCAUUUGGCACCGCCUUCUAUCUUUUCGACAAAGAUGGUGUUCGCCUUGGACUUCUGCCCAUCAAUCACAAUGACGUCUAUUGGUUUUUAACUCGGAAACUAACUUCCACAGAUUCAAUGGUUUCGAAAGACCAGAGGCUCAUCAAAGAGUCAACUGUGGAAGCAAUAAAGGGUUUCCCUAACCACAUAACGGAGAUGAUAAACAACAGCGACGUCGACUCCUUACAUCUGACUGAUCAAAUGAGGUAUCGAGCACCUUGGGAUUUGCUUCGAACCAAAUUUUGUAAAGGGACGGUGACACUCGCCGGGGAUGCGUUGCAUGCAAUGGCUCCAUUCCUCGCACAAGGUGGGUCCGCAUCGUUAGAGGAUGCGGUUGUGCUUGCCAGAUGCUUAUCGCAAAACAUGGGCAUCUCCCUUGAUCCAACCGGUAUGAAAGCAGCAAGGGCAGCGUUAGAUCAAUAUGCUAAGGAGCGAAAAAUGAGAGUGUUUUGGUUGUCUUUGGAAACUUUUGUGGUGGGAACCAUGCAUGAUACUUCUGCUUUGCUGGUAAGAGGCUUAUGCAUUAUUACCCUAAUUAUUCUGUUUAGAGACAAAAUUGCUAACACCCGCUAUGAUUGUGGACGUCUUUGAGUAGCUGGAAAAUCACACGUGGUACCCACAACAUGUUUGAAUUUAUGCGUCUCUGGGAUGUUAAUGCACUCGAACUAUUAUUUGUUGGUGAAUAGAAGUGACGAAACAACUCGGUCUCCUCACUUUGAAACGUAUCAUUUUAUUAACAUUUUUAGAAAACAUUUUCAA